AUGGCCUUCGCCUCGCAGCUGUGCACCGCGGAGCUGUCGAGCGCGUGGGCCGCCUAUGUGGUCAUCGUCGUCGGCGUGAUUCUUGUCGCUUGCUCGGUUUACCAGGACGACGCCGACAGGCCGCUGUCGUUCAUCGCGUGGGUGGCCUCGAUCUCGACGCUCGGCUGCCUCCCGUGCACGCUGCUGCUGAUCGCGGCGCACGUGAGAGAGUGGAACCAGCCAAAGCUGCAGCUCUGCGUGGUGCGCAUCGUGAUGAUGGCGCCGGUGUACGCGCUCGACUGCUGGCUCGCGGUCAUGAAGCGCGGCUCAGUGAUCGCGGACGCGGCACGCGAGUGCUACGAGGCGUUCGUCAUCUACCAGUUCGUGCUGUACCUCACGUAUGCGCUCGGCGGCGACGGCCCCAUUGUCGUGCUGCUGCGCGCAAAGGAGCCGGUGCCGCACUUUUGGCCGCUGAACCACUGCCUGCCGCAGUGGCAGAUGGGGCGGCAGUACCUCUCGGUCUGCAAGCGCGGCGCGCUGCAGUACGUGGUGCUGCGGCUCUGCACCACCGCCCUCACCUGCGCGCUCGCCCUCCUCUCCGCCUCUGGCUACUGGCUCGGCCGGCUCAAGGCGGGGCAGCACCUCUCGCUCACGCCGCUGCUCGCGCUCCUCAACACGCUGUCGCAGGGCUGGGCGAUGUACUCGCUCAUCAUGUUCUACCGCGCCGUCCGCGCCGAGCUCGCGCCCUUCCGCCCGCUGGGCAAUGUGUCUGCCAAGGCGGUCGUCUUUUUGACGUUUUGGCAGAGCAUGGCGCUCGACCUGCUCUCCGCCUGGCUGAACAGGGAGCCAGACAUGUCCAUGUCUCACGACCCGCCCGGCCGAGGUCACUGGUGGAGCGUCGACGAGGUGCGCAUGUCCAAGGGCGGGCUGCUCUGCCUCGAGAUGCUUGUCGCCUCGCUCGUCCACCCGUGCGUCUUCUCGGCGAGCGACUACGCCUCCGGCUCGCCGGCGCCGCGCAACGCGCCCACCUCGCUCUCGCUCACGCUGUACGAGGCGCUGGUGCCAAAGGACACGUACGCCGACAUGCAGCAGGCGAGCUGGGGCGAGCCACGAAAAGAGCCGGCCGCCGCGAGUCGGCUGGGGCUCUACACAGGCCGGGCCGCGUACAGCCGCUGA